GCAUUCGGAGGCGUCCUGCUCCAGCCUCGCUGAGCCGAUGGCGUCUCCCGGCUCCGGCUUUUGGUCCUUCGCAUCUGAAGAUGGUUCCGGGGAUCCCGAGAACCCUGGCACAGCGAGGGCCUGGUGUCAGGUGGCGCAGAAGUUCACGGGCGGCAUCGGAAACAAGCUGUGCGCCCUGCUCUACGGGGACGCCGAGAAGCCGGCGGAGAGCGGGGGGAUCCAGCCCCCGAGGGCCACCUCCCGCAAGGCCGCCUGCGCCUGCAACCGGAAGCCCUGCAGCUGCCCCACAGCGGGGGUCAACUACGCGUUGCUACACGCAACAGACCUGCUACCAGCGUGUGAUGGAGAAAGACCCACUUUGGCAUUUCUGCAAGAUGUUAUGGACAUUUUGCUUCAGUAUGUGGUGAAAAGUUUCGAUAGAUCGACCAAAGUGAUUGACUUCCAUUACCCCAAUGAGCUUCUUCAAGAAUAUAACUGGGGAUUGGCAGACCAACCACAAAAUCUGGAGGAAAUUUUGAUGCAUUGCCAAACAACUCUAAAAUAUGCAGUUAAAACAGGGCAUCCCAGAUAUUUCAAUCAACUUUCUACAGGACUGGAUGUGGUUGGAUUAGCAGCAGACUGGCUGACAUCAACAGCAAACACUAACAUGUUCACCUAUGAAAUUGCUCCAGUAUUUGUGCUUUUGGAAUAUGUCACGCUAAAGAAAAUGAGAGAAAUCAUUGGCUGGCCUGGGGGCUCUGGCGAUGGGAUAUUUUCUCCUGGUGGCGCUAUAUCCAACAUGUACGCUAUGCUGCUGGCGCGCUUUAAGAUGUUCCCUGAAGUCAAGGAGAGAGGGAUGGCUGCGGUCCCCAGGCUCAUUGCCUUCACAUCUGAGCAUAGCCAUUUUUCUCUCAAGAAGGGAGCUGCAGCCUUGGGCAUUGGAACAGACAGUGUGAUUCUGAUUAAAUGUGAUGAAAGGGGGAAAAUGAUCCCAUCUGAUCUUGAAAGAAGGAUCCUUGAAGCCAAACAAAAAGGAUUUGUCCCUUUCCUUGUGAGUGCCACGGCUGGGACCACCGUAUAUGGAGCAUUCGACCCCCUGUUAGCUGUUGCUGACAUUUGCCAAAAGUAUAAGAUCUGGAUGCACGUGGAUGCGGCUUGGGGUGGCGGAUUACUGAUGUCCCGGAAACACAAGUGGAAACUGAGCGGCGUGGAGAGGGCCAACUCUGUGACCUGGAAUCCCCAUAAGAUGAUGGGCGUCCCUUUGCAGUGCUCUGCUCUCCUGGUUAGAGAAGAGGGAUUGAUGCAGAGUUGCAACCAGAUGCAUGCCUCCUACCUCUUUCAGCAAGAUAAACACUAUGACCUGUCCUAUGACACUGGAGAUAAGGCCUUACAGUGCGGACGUCACGUUGAUGUUUUUAAACUCUGGCUAAUGUGGAGAGCAAAGGGGACCACCGGGUUUGAAGCACAUAUUGAUAAGUGUUUGGAGCUGGCGGAGUAUUUAUACAAUAUCAUCAAAAACCGAGAAGGUUAUGAAAUGGUGUUUGAUGGAAAGCCUCAGCACACAAACGUCUGCUUCUGGUAUGUACCUCCGAGUUUGCGUGUUCUGGACAACAGUGAAGAGAGAAUGAGCCGCCUCUCUAAGGUGGCUCCAGUGAUUAAAGCCAGAAUGAUGGAGUAUGGGACCACGAUGGUGAGCUACCAGCCCCUAGGAGACAAGGUCAAUUUCUUCCGCAUGGUCAUCUCAAACCCUGCAGCAACUCACCAAGACAUUGACUUCCUGAUUGAAGAAAUAGAACGCCUUGGACAAGAUUUAUAAUAACCUAGCUCACUAAGCUGUUUCAAUUCUCUAGGUAGACAAUUAAGUUGUCACACACUGUGUAAAUGUAUUUGCAGUUUGUUCCAAAGUAAAUCUGUUUCUGUAUUGUGGUGUCAAAGUAGAGUACAGUUUAAAAAUCAAAAACAAACAAACAUUGCUCCUUUUAAAAAUCCUUUCUUAAGUUUAGAAUACCUCUCUAAUAAUUAGUGACAAAAGGCUGUGUUCUCAUCAAUAAGGAAAAGCUUAAAAUUGUUACAAAUACUUCCCUUACUUUUAAUAUAGUAUGCAAAUCAAACUUUAUUUUCACUUCAGAGUAGUAGGGUUCAAUAGUGCCAAAUUGCCCCUGAAUCAUAAAAGGUUCUCUGGGGUUCAGUGAAAAGGAUAAAGUAAAUAUAAAAUGUAUGCUGACAAUAAAAAAAACUCUUACCUUUUU